AUGUUCGGCGGCUCAUCCGGCUCCUCGCCAAAAGCAGAGAGCAAUCCCAACACUUCCGCAUCCUCAAACCCAAAGACAGACAGCAAGUCUCCCUCGCCCCCGCCUGAAUCCCCUGGCGCCGCGGCCGAGAACGGCUCCGACGGCAGCUCUCCCAUCCCCACCAAGAACGCCGAGCAGGUCACGACUGGGGAGAAGCGCAGCGGCAAUGGCAGCCCCCCGAGUACCUCCGCCACGUCUAAGAGGAGAAGCAGUGGUGUGAGCGGAAAGGCCAGCAGCCUGAUUGCGAGCGCCAAAAACACUCUCAAUUUCGCUCAAGGCAGCGGUAGGACCGGCAGCGACCUGGGCUCUGCCGCUCAGACACCCAUCCAGAAGCUGGGCAAGGAAGAUCCGUCUCUUGUCGUCCCCCAGGGCCAACACAACAAUGCUGCCGGCGAGUCGCUUCCAGGUCCCCGGUCUACAUUCCGCGUUGGUGUGUGGGAAGACAGGAAUAAAAAAUGUCGAAGGACCAUGGAAGACACCCACGCAUUCCUCUACAAUUUCCUACACACCCCUGCGCCUGCUCUUGGUUCCGAGACGGGUAGUACCAAGUCCCAGACCCCCUCCGAAGAGGCCAAUGCCCAGGCUCGCGGUGAGGGAAUGAUUGAGACAGACAAUGGCUAUUUCGCUAUCUUUGACGGCCACGCCGGCACCUUCGCCGCGGACUGGUGCGGGAAGAAGCUGCAUAUCAUCCUAGAGGAGAUCAUCAAGAAGAACCCGAACGUGCCCAUACCGGAGCUGCUGGAUCAGACCUUCACGACCGUGGACACCCAGCUCGAGAAGCUACCACUUAAGAACAGCGGCUGCACAGCAGCUGUCGCGGUGAUGCGUUGGGAGGACAGGGUGCCGAGCAACGCGUCUCAGACCGGAUCCCAGUCAAUCGCACCGGCGUUGGCAAAGGCUUCGGAGAAGCCCUCCGAAGGAAGCGAAGCGAAACCCGAAGCCAAACAGAACCCAGAGGCGGAGCACGCCAAGCUGAAGGGCAUCGCGUCAAGACAACGCGUUCUGUAUACUGCCAACGUUGGUGAUGCUCGGAUCAUUCUGUGCCGUUCUGGCAAGGCCCUGCGUUUGUCCUACGACCACAAGGGUAGCGACGAAAACGAGGGAAAGCGCAUUUCCAACGCCGGUGGCUUGAUCCUCAACAGCCGAGUCAAUGGUGUACUGGCAGUGACUCGGGCGCUCGGCGACUCCUACAUGAAAGACUUGGUCACCGGGCACCCAUACACCACCGAGACAGUGAUUCAGCCCGAUAUCGAUGAGUUUAUCAUCAUUGCGUGCGACGGUCUCUGGGAUGUCUGCUCUGACCAGGAAGCGUGUGAUCUUGUCCGUAACAUCCAGGAUCCAGCGGCCGCUUCGAAGCUACUGGUAGACCACGCUCUAGCCCGAUUCAGUACGGACAACCUGUCUUGCAUGAUCGUUCGGUUUGACAAGGACGCACUCGUGGAAAGCCAGGCAAACAGGGCCAGCCGCCUUGGCGUCGAAGGAGAUCGCAUAGCUGCCGGCAGUAAGAUUAGCGAGACAGAAAAGAUCGUCAGUGCCGCCAAGAAACAGAUCGCAGAUGGCGGCCCUGCCGUCGGCGUGUCAGCGAGCAACAGCGGCAGAGGCCACGACCCCAUACCCGCCCUGGAUGACGAAAGCGGAGAAUCGUUCACGCCAACUGCGAUCUCGGGCUCCGUAGAAGAGGAGCCGGCGCAAAUGGAUGGCGAGGUUGCAGACCCGGCGUCGAAGAAGCCAAUAGACUCCAAGGAGGUCACUUCGGUCCCGGCGUCGAAACCGUCUUGA